AUGUUUGGUGACAUUUUCAGUGUAUUUCUCACACACCCUACCGACAAGAGAUUACAAAGAAUCCGCCCAUUGAAUCAUCACUUUUGCAGCUCCCAUUCACAUACCCAUCAAACCAUUUCAUCACAUUUCUCCCAUGUACGAGUUGCAGAAAUGUUGGGUCACACUGAUCGACUAUCAGAACUGAGACCAUCAAAGGACCAAAUACUUGCAGAUUCUGGUUCUGAAUUUGGUGAUGAUGAUGAAGAAGAGAAAAUUUGUUCGGAACAGAUACUUUACUCAGUUUCCUUUGAAGAACUUGCAAGCAAUAGUAUUAAAUAUGAUACCGUCAUAUGGCUUUCUAUAUCAUUACUGCUUAUUUUAGCUUGGGGAGUUGGCCUCUUAAUGUUGCUUUACCUUCCCUUUAGGAGAUAUGUACUUCGAAAGGAUUUCGCUUCUCGCAGAUUAUAUGUUACACAAACUGAAAUAGCUUACAAGGUGUCAAGGCCUUCGUUUAUACCGUUUUGGGGGACCAUAACAAUUGAGAGGAGUGUACCUCUUUCUUUGGUGAUUGAUAUUAUUAUUGAACAAGGUACUGAUGCAGGUCUUACCAGAUUAUUUUCACGCGUUCUCCUCUCUGUAGCACUGACACCUCUGAAAAAAGGUUGUGUGCAGUCUAUAUAUGGUGUCCACACUUUUCGCAUCGAAAGUAUUGCUCAUGGUAAGGCUGCUCCGGUUGAUGAACUACAACUUCAAGGAAUUUCUGACCCCGGUCUUUUGAGAAAGGUGAUUGUAACAGAAGCUUCAAAGAUCUCAGGAGAUUUGAGUAAAAGUUGGAGGCAUAUUGCUCCAAGCAUAGACGUGCAAAACAUGGCUUGUAUGCCAGCAACAGCUGAGAAGAUAGGCUCGUCGCGUUCUUCUUCAAUAGAGCGCAGAAUAGGCGGAGGAUUGCUUCUUAAUAAACUCGAAGAAAUCAGUAAAUCAGUAAAGAGACUCGAGCUGCUUAUCGAGAAGUCGCACGGUUCCCUAGCCGCUAGCUGA